AUGUCCGCCAACCUCGGACGCCGGCUAUAUGCCCAUCUCUGGGAUUCAGCUACACCCUUCUUAGGCCGCAUACGUCCAAAACGCAUCGCGGGAACCGAGACCUCAAGGAAAGCAAUCGACUCGUUUUUCGCCGGCCGACGACUAUCAACACCAUCUGCGAAACCCGUUCACCUUACCAGAAGACUUGCCUCCGGUGGCUUUUUUGUCCUCGGACUUUCUCCUACUUCCACUGCUGCCGAAUCGACCGCUGCGUGCAUCCUUCCGUCUAAGAAAUUCGCGACCAAGUAUGUCUGGCGGCGAGCCCUACAUACGCCAAAUGAUGGCGGACAGGGUAAAAGUUCUAAUGACUGUCGUACUCACUCUGAUGAUCAAAAUUCUGCGAAUGUCAAAAAAGCCGAUGAUCCCCCGGCGCCAAAAUCCUCCGCCAAUCCCUCGGGCGUGCCUCAUUACACACCCUCAAAUCGCCACUUGAUGGAUCGCCUUCCUCACAUGCCGCAUCUACAUCGACCGACCAAGGAGGAACUUCUAGCUGCAGCCACGGGAUUCUGGUCGCGGCUCAAGGUACGGUUCAAGUGGUUCUCCAUAAGGAGUGUACGACCAUUCAAUUUAGACGAGAUAACGGCACUCUUCUCAUGGGUUCUUUUGGGCCAUGUUGUUUGGGUAGUCGUCGGAACGACAACUUUCUUCUCACUUCUGAUUCUUGCCAUAAACACGGUAUUUGCACAAGAAACACUAGCUGGCUGGGUCGGCAACUAUCUCACGAAAUCAUCUGGGGCUAAGGUUGUUUUCGAGUCUGCCAUUGUACCCAAAUGGCGAAAUGGAGUCAUCACAUUCAAAAAUGUGUUUGUGUCAAGACGGCCUGGCCAGGGCACCGGGCACGUUAGCAAAGGCUCUCCGAAGACCGCCGCCGCCGCCGCCGCGGCUGCAGCCCGAGGCGAACCCGGAUCUGAAGAAUUACCAAUCGUCGACGAGGAAGAAGACACCAAUUACACCCAGUUCGACCUUUCCAUAGAGACAGUCAACGUUACGUUGUCAUUCACAAAAUGGCUCAAUGGGAAAGGUCUCCUCCGCGAUGUGGAAGUGAAGGGAAUCCGCGGUGUGGUCGACCGUCGGAACGUCUUCUGGCCAGAGGAAGAUCUUGACCCGAAGUCUUACCGACAUGAGCAUCAUCCUGGAGAUUUUGAAAUUGACUCAUUCAAGAUGCACGAUGUGUUGGUCUCGGUCUACCAGCCAGACAAUUUCCGCCCAUUCUCUGUCAGCAUUUUCUCUUGCGACCUUCCCCAGUUACGCAAGCAGUGGCUUUUCUACGACUUCCUUUCUGCCAAUAUGAUGUCGGGAUCCUUCGACAACUCACUUUUCACCAUUCACCCUCGCCAAACUCACGGCUUUACUGGAGCUCGGCUAGAUGAAGACGUGGAAGAAGACGGCAAACGUAGCCCAUGGAAGAAGCAUAGCAGGAUACGUGUCGAUGGUCUCAACAUUGACCAUCUUAACCGCGGUGUGCAAGGUCCAUUCUCAUGGAUUCACGAAGGCACAGUCGACAUCGUGGCAGAUAUCAUGUUCCCCGCAGAGAACGAUGAGAGUCUGGCCAAGGUCAUGGCCGACUUCUACGACCGUCUUGAGGCUACUGUCACCUCGAACCAGUACUCGGAGUCGGUUUCGCAACGGACACACCCAGAACUUGAAAAUAUGUCCGACGCCGACAAACGAUUUCUGGCCAUGGACCUCCGGAUCCAUCUUAACAACGUGCGAGCUGUUGUCCCGAUCUUCACGCGUGACCUCUCCUAUAUCAACAAUGCGCUCAUUCGACCGAUUGUGGCAUACAUCAACUCGAAGCGUACCUUCAUCCCUAUCAACUGCCGUCUAGUCAAACGCGUCGGUGAUUUUGAUGGAAGCUGGACUAUCUUUGACAGUGCCUUGAUGGACGAUUUAUCCGCCGCGACCUACGACGCAUUUGCCCGGGAUGUUGUGGAUGAUCAAGCGCGCAAGAGGCGAUUCAAGAAGGUUGGGUUUUGGUCUCUUCAACUAGCCGCACAGGCCAUUUUCAUGGGAAUGGCGGGCAACAUUGCAUGA